CGGGCGCGGCGCAGAGCGAGCGGAGGAUGCUGCGGGCGGGGGCCGCCGCCAGUCCCGGUCCCGGCCCCCGUCCCGGUCCCGGUCCCGGGCGGGAGGACUCCCCGCCGCCCCCAGCCCGCUGAGCCCCGGCCCGGCCAUGGGGGCUCUGACCAGCCGGCAGAACGCAGGGGUGGAGGAAGUGGAUAUCCCCGCUAAUUCCGUCUACAGAUACCCCCCGAAAUCCGGGAGUUACUUUGCCAACCACUUCAUCAUGGGCGGGGAGAAGUUCGACUCCACGCACCCCGAGGGGUACCUCUUCGGCGAGAACAGCGACCUCAACUUCCUGGGGAACCGGCCCGUGGUGUUCCCUUACGCUGCUCCACCUCCUCAGGAACCCGUGAAGACCCUCAGGAGCUUAAUCAAUAUCCGCAAGGACACGCUGCGCCUGGUGAAGUGCUCAGAGGAGGUGAAGACCCCGGGGGAAGAAGUGAGCAAAGCCAAGGUGCACUACAACGUGGAGUUCACCUUCGACACCGACGCCCGCGUGGCCAUAACCAUCUACUACCAGGCAACCGAGGAGUUUCACAAUGGGGUGGCGAGCUACACCCCCAGGGACAACAGCCUGCAGUCGGAGACGGUGCACUACAAGCGGGGGGUGUGCCAGCAGUUCUGUGUGCCCUCCCACACCAUCGACCCCUCCGAGUGGAGCGAGGAGGAGCUGGGCUUUGACCUGGACCGCGAGGUUUAUCCCAUGGUGGUGCAGGCAGUGGUGGAUGAAGGAGAGGAGCACAGUGGGCACUGCCACGUGCUGCUGGCCACCUUUGAGAAGCACAGUGAUGGCACCUUCUGCGUGAAGCCCCUCAAGCAGAAGCAAGUGGUGGAUGGUGUGAGCUACCUCCUGCAGGAGAUCUACGGCAUCGAGAACAAGUACAACACACAGGACUCCAAGGUGGCUGAGGAUGAGGUGAGCGAUAACAGCGCCGAGUGCGUGGUUUGCCUGUCGGACGUCCGGGACACGCUGAUCCUGCCCUGCCGCCACCUGUGCCUGUGCAACACCUGCGCCGACACCCUGCGCUACCAGGCCAACAACUGCCCCAUCUGCAGGCUGCCUUUCCGAGCCUUGCUUCAAAUCCGAGCCAUGAGGAAAAAGCUGGGCCCGCUCUCGCCCACCAGCUUCAACCCCAUCAUCGCCUCGCAGACCUCCGACUCCGAGGAGCACUCGUCCUCGGAGAACAUCCCCCCGGGUUACGAGGUGGUGUCACUGCUGGAGGCUCUCAAUGGGCCGCUGACGCCGUCACCGGCCGCGCUGCCCCUGCGAGCGCUGGGGGAUCCCCCGGGCGUGGGGACCCUGCCCUCGUACGGCAGCGAUGGCCCCCUGCCCCCCCUGAGGGCCCUGUCACCCCUGGAGCGCCUGCCCGACUGCGGCCCCCCGGGGCUCAAGCUGAAGAAGAGCAUCUCCAAGUCCAUCUCGCAGAACUCCUCCAUCCUGCCCGAAGAGGAGGAUGAGAAGUCGUGCACCGAGUCGGAGCUGAGGGUACCCAGGAGGAGAUCCCCAGCCCGGCAUGAGGAGGAAUGUGGUGCGACACCAGAGAGUGAAAACAUCACCCUGUCAUCAUCAGGAGCCGUCGACCAGUCCUCGUGCACUGGGACACCCCUCUCCUCCACCAUCUCGUCCCCAGAAGAGCCCGUGAGCAGCAGCCUGGCUCAGUCCGUCAUGUCCAUGGCCUCCUCCCAGAGCCAGCACUCCCAGCUCAGCACCGACACCGUGUCCUCCAUGUCUGGCUCCUACAUCGCCCCUGGCACGGAGGAGGAGGAGGAAGAGGAGGAGGAGGAGGAUGUGCUCCCCUCGCCUGCGGCCGCAAGCGCCACAGCCUCUGAUGGAGAGUCAACACCUGUGGAGUCCCCAGAUCUAAAUUUUGUCAGCAUUUCUGCCGAGGAGCGCGAUGCUGAGGGCAACGAUGUGCUGGAGGACGAGGACGCCUCUCCCACACAGGAAGAUGGCCCGAGGACAGGCGCUUUCCUCGGUCUGAGGUGUGACAAUAACAAUGACAUGGGCAUCGCACACGUGAAAGCGCUGGACAAUAAACUGUGCUCUGAGGCCUGCUUACCUGGCUCCUCCGUCUGCGUGAAAGUUCAUGUUCGCUCUGUGCCAACACGGUUUUCUCCACCCACGCUUGUGCCCCUUCCCUGCCCAGAGUUGCCCAAAGGUGACAAAUGUAUUGAACACCCCUGGCCCCUGUGUGGAAGGGGGCAGUGGGCUGGGGACCCUGCCCAGACCUGCAGGCUCUCCUCAGCCUGUGCGUGGGGAAACGAGCCAAAAAGCCAAAACAACUCCCUCUGAGGGGUCUCCCUCAAUACAUUUGUGGACAAGCUGAAAGCAACUCUGCCCCUGCCUUGCCCCUUCAGCAGACUUUGUGGCAGGUCCCAGACCUGCAGCAGGUACUGGAGAGCCAAGAGAGUGGGUGAAAACCACUGGAGGGAGGCAAAAUCCUUUCUUCUCCCCUUCUCCUUUGGGAAAGCCUCCUCUCCUGCUGCCUUGCCUGUUCCUGCUGGUUUCUGUGCUGGAGAAACACGGCUGAGGCUCUUGGGGAGGAACAGGCGCCUGCCACAAAAGCCCUGUGUCCCCCCCAUCACCCUCUGUCAGCAGCUGGCUGAGUCCUGCUGGCCUGGAGGGAAUGGGGAGGGAGCUGGGGGUGUCCCAGCAGCACCUCUGCUUUGCUGGAGGGACUGGCAAAGCAUCCCUCGGCUGUGGCAGUGGCCAAAGCCAUCCUUGACUGCAUCCCUCUUGGUUGUGCUGGGGGGAGGAUGAGGAAGGGAGAGCUUUGCAGCCCAGAUGGCUCUGGCACAGGGUCAAAUUCUUGCUCUGCUGUGAGGUGGGCACUGGCCUUGUCCCCUGCCUGGGCUGGGGUGCAGGAGCUGGUCCCUGGGCUGGGCCCAGCCAAGGAUGCCCUCUCCAUCCUUUGGCCACCACACCUGUCCAUGUGUCCGGCAGCUGCAGCCCUCGGCACGAGCUGUGCUGCAUGAGAGGGGUGAUCCAGCCUCGGCAUUUGUGGGGAAAAGCAGAGGGCUGCUCCCUGUGCUGGGACCAGGGGCAGAGGAGGUGCAGGGUGGGGGCUUUGGGGCUGUCCAUGGUCCCCUGGGAAUGGCAGACAUGAUGUUCUCCAUCCCUUUUCACUCGCUGUAGGAUACAAGGCAUUUUUCCCACAUAAUAACAGACAGCAAUCAUUGAUUUCUGACUUUCCUUUUUGAGUUGUUGCACCGGUUUUUAUAGAUCAGGAUGUUCCAGCAGUUUUUAACUGGGGUAAUGUCCAUUCCAGUAGGGGUUGGAGACAAAGUGUCAUGUAACACAUCUAACAUAACAUUUUGGUGCAGUUUCAGUAGGGAGCAGCUGAAGUGACACCCUGCUCUAUAGGUGAAAUCACAAAUACAUUGAUUCAAAGCUGUAUUUUUGUGUCAUCCACUGUAAAUUGUCACAAGGGGUUCUUAGACACACACACACACCCUUACCCUGUGGGUACUGGGAUGGAUUCAGGGUCAUGGUCAGGAGACAUUUCAAAAUGAUAGCCACAGUUCUGUGUCCAAACACACGGGUUAGGCUAUCAAAAUAUUACUCUUCCAUAUAAACCCCUGCCAUUCUCUCACCACACAACCACUUACAUCAGUGGUUUGCCAUGCAUGUGUAUGGUGGUUAUUAAAAGCCCAUGCUCAGUGCUCCAAUGGAUCUAAUCCUGUUCCUACCACAGGGAUUUGGUUCUUGCUAUGUACAGAAGCACUGUGUAUUGCCAAGACAAAUGCUGUGACCUUGCUAGUGAUGGGGACAUAAGAAAAUUUGAUUAAAGACUGCCAGGAUUAAAAUGCCCUUUCAAAUUUCAAUGAAUAAAAGUCCCUUUUCCCAUUCAGUGAUUAUCCCAGCACUGGUAGAGUGUAACCACAACUGAGUUGGAAUACAGCUGAGUGCUGAAGACACUGCUUUGGGCAACUCCCAGACCAUCAGCCAGUUGGUCAUUAGCAUUUGGGUAUUUUUGGUAUUUGAAGCUGACUACUGUGCGUUCCCAAGAGCAGAUAAGGAAGACCUUAAGGGCUGAUCUGUAGUGUUGAAAUUAUUAAUGGUUGCACUUGAUUGAUCAGUUAGAGUUUGAAGAUUGAUAUUAUUCAAUAGUCCUAUUCCAGUUCCCAAUAUAUCAGUUAGAUGUGUGAGAUAACAGCCAGGAAAACCACACAGUAGAGGAGGUAACAGUAAAAGAUGAAUGUUUUGGUCUGAUAGCAGAAACAUUGGU